CUUUAUCUUCGGCUCUGGUCCGAAAAUCCAAACUUUGUCACUCUUCUGCAAGUCUUUUAGAGAGAGAGAGAGAGAGCGAGAGAGACUGGGGAGGCAGCCAUUGACGUCGUCGUUUGGAAGCUUAAAGCACUGUAAAUUAAGCCUAACAAAAACCAAGGCUUUUUCAUCAGCUACUGAAAAGGACCCUUUAGCAAACGACGCCGUUGAAGAACCCUAAUUCUCUGAGCUCAGAUCACACUCAUGAGCUCCAAGUGCACCUCCUCCACUUGCUUAGCCUUCUGAGCCUUCCAGUAAUUUCACUUACCAGCUUGUUUGUUGUUCAGCUAGCGUGAAAAACUGGUAAUUUUUUACGGAUUUGGGAAUAUUUUCAAUUUGAAGUGUCAUUUUUGGAGUAAAGAUAUGAUACCCCUUUUGAAUUAAGUCUAACAUAUGUUCCCUACUGUAGAAUUGUUUGUAUAAGGUGGUUUGGUCCAUGAUGGUGUUAUAUAUGGGUUAAACUGCUUUCCACAAAAACAAGUGGCUGAGCAAGUCUUGGUGGCUGUAUUUUUAAUGCCUGGUAACGAAGUUGAAGAUAGGAUCCACAACUUGUAUGAGCUACAGAAUUCUUCCCAAGGUCAGCAUCAAUCUCAAGCUGUGGAUAGCAAUUGGCCAGUUCUUAACUACAAUCAGUGGGUUGGAAAACAAAGGCAGACUGGGGAAGCUCUGAGUUCCAAUCUAAUAAACUGCAACGUGCAACAAUUAGAUUCUGUGAAAGGACAUGGUGAUGAAUCUUUGAAUGUGUUGUUCAACCAAAACUAUACACAAUUUACUCCAAGAACUGAGUUUUCCAACAGUUUGUUCAGAAACCAACAGCUGAAUUCAAAUGAAUGUAUGCUUGGACGCCAGAAAUUCCAGGCAAGGAAAAGUCAGUCAGAGUUUUUGGGUGAAAAUGCAGUUUAUGAUCCACAUAAUUUAACUUCUAGAGGCCUCCCUUUCCUUAUAUCACAGCAAGAAAAUGCAUCCGAGGAUAGUCCCACCCUAACGACAAAUUCAGAAAGGUCGGAAAUUACUGAAGCUUCCAUUGACUUCGACUUUGUUGGAGGGAAGCAGCAGCUUGUGAGGGGUCAACAACCAGAUACUCCACAUACUUCCCUAAUGCAGCAGUCUGGGUACAAUGAUAUGCAGUUGCUGCAGCAGCACAUAAUGUUCAAGCAGCUGCAAGAACUUCAGAGGCAGCAACAACUUCAGCACUUCGGUGACUUAAGGCAACAGAAUUCUUCAAACCAGAUUUCUGCAGUGACUAAACAGGCUUCUGGGGCUCAGAUGUCACCUGUAAUCAAUGGAACGCCUGUUAAUGAUGCAUCACCUAUGUUUAUGAACUGGAUGCAGCGUGGUACAUCUCCUGCUGCACAAGGUCUAUCUAACAGAGUUCUAUUUUCACAAGAUCAAGGACAGGCUUUGCGUUCCAUGGGUCUGGCUUCUCAGCAGCUUGAUGCAUCCUUAUAUGGUACGCCUAUUGCAAGUGCAAGAGGUGGUUUGAGUCAAUAUUCUUAUCUCCAAGGGAUGUCUCAUGAUUCUACCAAUUUGUUGACUAAGGCUAGUGGUCAAGCACAGAAGCCUAUUACGCAGUCGACGGGCUUCAGUAGCCCUUUUGUAGGUGAUCAGGUUACUGUUUCUCCAGAGCAGGUUUGCUUCCCCCAAGGAUCCUUCAUAUCCAAACAAAGAUUUCAGAGAAACAAUGUGUUAGGACAGGUUCCUGUUCAGGGGUUGAAUAGUGUAGUCAUCUCAGGGGACCUCCAGCUGGGGAAUACGCUUCCAAAAAAUGCAUCACCAACGGAAUCUAAUGGAAGGCAAGAGCAAGCUGGUUGGCCUGGAAGCUUGCAGCAAACAAAUAUGCAGCUUGGCCCUCCUCAGGGUUUGGUUCCCCUGGAUCCAAUGGAAGAGAAGAUUUUGUACAAUAUGGAUGAUGACAACUGGGAUGCUUCUCUUGGCAGGCGCACUGACAUUGGUACUGGAGGCUUUGGGACUGCAUUGGAACAUACAGAUUAUUCAAAUGCAUUUCCUUCUACUCAAAGUGGAAGCUGGAGUGCUCUUAUGCAGUCUGCCGUAGCAGAAGCUUCUAGCAGUGAUACUGGGCUACAGGAGGAGUGGAGUGGCUUGACUUUUCAAAAUACAGAACUCUCAACUGAUAAUCAGCCUUCAAAUGUUAUGGAUAGUGAAAAGCAACAAUCAAGUUGGCUUGAUAACAACCUGCUCAGUACCUCCUGCUUAAGUUCAAAACCUUUUCCUGUGUUUAAUGAUUCUAGUGUGAGCUCUAGCUUCCCUGGCUUUCAGCAGCCAGGCAUCCAAUUCUCGAUCAAGCAGAGAGGUGCUCUGCACCAGGAUGACUCUCAUGAAUCAAUUCACAAGUCUCCCCAAAACACUGGUGAGUGUUUAGAUUGCAGCCCUAAACAAAAGCCAUCCACUGAAGGAAGUCAACCGGUUCAACCACUAAUGCAAUUGGACGGCGCAUGGGCUGGUCAGAUUUUUGAGCACCCCCCAGAGAGUGAUGCCCAUCAGCGGAGAAUAGCCUCAAGUAACAAUGUUAGCCAACCCUACAGUGAACCAAAAGGUGAUGCUAAUGAAGCUACAUACAAGGUUAGGGAUUCUGAUUAUUUUCUGUGGGAGGCUAAUAGUAAUCGUGGGGGAAGUUCUUUUUCUAGAUCAACUGGAGGAUGGGAGCAAGUACACUCUGGCACGGAUAGUACUCGGCCCAACAGAGAAGAUUCGCAAAUAUUUAACUUUGCUGCUAUGCCAAAUUCAAGCCCUUCUAAGGCAUCUUGGAAUACCAGUCAACAAGUCCAACAUAGUAAUCAGCUUGAUUACUUGAAGCAUGUUGAUAUAUCUAGGAACAAGGAAAACCAGAUCAUGGGAAAAAACCAGCAUCAAAUCAGUAAUGGUUAUGAGAUGCAGCAGAAUUGCUACCAAAAAGACACCUCUUAUGACAACUAUGGCGCCAAAGGAUCAAGUGGACAAGAGCAAGAACAUAUAGGGAAGCUCAAAUUCAUUGAUAAUGUCUCUAGCAGUGCCAUGAACUUGGAUAAGUUACAGGGGCCCUUACCUGAUGUUCAAGUUAACUCAAAACCCUCAGAGGUGCCUUCUAGAGGUGAUUUUGAUACAUCUAAUACCUUUCACAGAUCAGUCGAUCAUCAUCACUCAAAUGUUACUCCAGCAAGUGAAAAUAUGCUUGAGCUUCUUCAUAAGGUUGACCAAUCAAAGGAGAAUAGCAGUAUACCUCAUUUUGGCGCUAGAGGCUGUAAUUCAUUGGUGCCUGAGGCAGAAACUUCAGCAUCUGUUGCUCAAUCAUACCAUCACUCUGCUGCUUCUCAAGGUUUCACUUUGAAAUUGGCUCCUCCAUCUCAAUGGCCGUCGAACAUGAACCCUUUCAUCUCAUCUCGGGGUUUGCCAGAAGUAGCAAGUAAUCAAAAUUUAAAGCAAGCCAAUUCUGAGUCAGGAGAGAAAAACCAGACCUGGUUAGCUUCCCCAUCUGUUCAGUCUUUGCUGCCAUCUCAUGAAUCAUCUCAAAGAUCAAAUUGGGAUAAUAAAUUUAGUAGUUCGGGACAGACAAACAUCCCCUCAUCUGUUUAUAUGCCCGGAAGCUCCGUUGCAGCUUUUACAUCCAGUCCUCCAUAUAUAAGGAAUCAACUUGGAACACAAGAAAUGUCACAUACAUCUCUAGCAUGUCCAUCUUUACAGGCAACAUUGCCUGGUACCGUCAGCCGAUACCCACCUUUUAAACUUGCUUCCUCUCAACAUACUUCUCCACAUAUUUCUGCUAACACUUCUGGUCAACAAUUUGAAGUUUUGGAGGCUAAGCCAGUCUUGAAGCCUCCUGUUUUGUCAGGCAUGCAUCAGCAGGGUGCAUUUUCGUCGAGACUGCACAAUGUAUGGACGAAUGUACCACUUCAGCAACGUCUUUCUGGUCUGGAACCUUGUAAGGUUCCCAUGGACCCAUCAACAGAUAGUGUGGAAACUUCAUUGGCUUCACCCAGGCUAAAUGAUCAAAAUUCCCAGAAAGUUGGAUAUGGAUCAUCAGUAUUUGGCGCAUGUUCUAUGAAUUCACAAGGCUUUCACUAUGAGGCUGAUCAGCCCAAGAAGGAGAGCUCCCAGCUGCAAAUAUCAUCUGAGAUGCUUGAUGCUUCGCAGACUGGUAGAUUGGCAAGGAAUAUCUCUGAUGCAAAUGCUUUUGCCUCUGGCUCUUUUUUGGCUCAUUCACACCAACAGGACCUCAAUGGGGUGCACCAUGAACACAACAAUGCCCCUGUUGCCCCUGAAAGAAAUCUUGGAUCCAUUGGCCAUUCUUUAAAACCGUCCUAUGUUUUCCAUCCGAAUUACUCCCUACUGCACCAAGUGCAGGCAAUGAAGAAUAUGGAUGCCAAUCCAAGUAGGAGAGUUUCAGAUGUUGAGAAUGUAACUGCUAUGGAUGGACCACGGUUAAUAUAUGAACAUAAUUCCAGGUUCAGAAAUCAACUGGAUACAGGACUGAUUUCAGCAUCCCAGCUCAACUUAUUGUCCGGGGAUGCCAAAAGGCAAAGUUUCUUUACAGAAGCAAGAGAAGAUUCUGGCUUCAAAGCUUCUCCACAGCCUGCUCUCCUAGAUAGACCUUCUCAAGAGAUGAUCAAAUCUGGUCAAAAUGAUCUGAGUCAACCUACUACCAGUAAUGCGGUAUCUAAUCAUGGAGAACAUUCCCAGGUUAAUCUUCAAAUGGCACCCCCCUGGUUUAAACAGUAUGAGGCUUUCAGAGAUGGGCAGAUUCCACCAACGUAUGAUGCAAUGCUUGCAAAGCCUGUUGCAGGGCAGAUUUCUUUUGGGAAGCCUUCCCAGAACUUGAAUGAAUUUUCUUUUGUAGAAGGAAUAGAUGCUGCUGAUGCUAGUCAGAGUGGCAGAGUUUCACCAAGCUCAGCGACCUUCAGAGCUAAUGAACCCUUUUUAGCCCCUUGUUUGUGGCCUUUAGAUGAGACUGAUCAAUGCUUGGCUAUUGUGAGACCAAAGAAGCGCAAAACUGCAACAUCUGAUCUUCUACCAUGGCACAAAGAAGUUAUGCAAGAUUCUCAGAGGGUUCAAAAUAUCAGUGUUGCAGAACAUGAUUGGGCACAAGCCACAAAUCGACUGAUUGAGAAGGUGGAAGAUGAGGCUGAAUUGAUUGAAGAUAGGCCGUCAAUGCUUCGAUCAAAGAAAAGGCUUAUCUUGACAACACAGCUUAUGCAGAAGUUGUUUUGCCCUGCACCAGUGUCCAUUCUCUCAGCAAAGGCUGCUUCACAAUUUGAUACUCUGACAUACUUUGUUGCUAAAUUAUCUCUAGCAGAUGCAUGCUGCCUGAACUCUUGCACAAGAAAUGGUUUAUCACGUGUACCACUGAUCAACAGUGACUUGAUUUCAGAGAAGCUCAAAUCUUUUGAGGGUAUUGAUGACCAGUUCUUUUCAGAAGUUGUGGAUGACUUGAGCAGUAGAGCAAAGAAGCUGGAAGAUGACUUACUAAGAUUGGACAAGGCAGCAUCAAUUUUAGACAUAAGAGUGGAGUGCCAGGAGUUGGAAAAGUUUUCUGUCAUCAACCGUUUUGCAAAAUUCCACGUUCGACCAGCAGAUUCCUCCGGAACGGCAUCAUCAUCUAAUACAGCUACCCCUGCACCAAAACCCUUUCCCCAGAGAUAUGUAAUUGCACAUUCAAUACCUAGGAAUCUGCCGGAGGGAGUACAAUGUCUUUCACUGUGAUUAUCAACUGAAUGAUCUCCUUCCCAAUUGAAUCCUCUUUUCAUCUAUGCCAUAUAUUCCAUGUCAUUGCCCAUAUUCCGCCUCUGAUCUCUUUCAUCAACAUAUAUACUGGCAUCAUGAAAGAAGAGGAUUUAUUGAUGGAACACAAAGCAAGUCAACCCCAAGUGACAAAGGCCGCUUGUUCAAUCUUUAACUGAGGUUGAUCAUUGUCAUUUUUGAGAAAGUACAUAUUAUUUCUUGUAUAUUUUGAUGAAUUCCCAAGGAGAAUAGGUAAUGCCUUAAGUAAUCUUUUCAAAUAGCAAGAGGAUCGUUGGUAUGGAUUUCUCAAGUUUCAGGUUGUUACAUAUAUAUACAUAAUUUAUAGGCAUAUCUGGUAGCCAUGGUUUUGUAGUUUUUCUUUUCUCCUACUUUUUCCACCCUUUUCAGGUUGGUUCUGCAUUGAGCUGGGAGACAGGGGAGUAGGCAUCUUGAUUCUUGAAGAGCAAGCAAUUAGUAGGCGGUAAAAUAUUUAGAAAGGUAAAAGUGGUUGUAAUUAUCAAUUUUUUUUUUUUUAAGGUACUUCCCUGAAGAGUCCCCCCUAAACAGACAUGGGGAUUGUUAAAAGCUUCUUUGACUUUGCAUUUCAUUUAAUGAUUUCCUCGUCCUA